AAAAAUUGCCAUAUGAAGUGACAACAUAUAAAUCUGUUGACAACGCAAUGAAUCAAGAUGACGCAGUGAAUUAUUCAGUCGAAUUUUUGAAUUCAAUGGAACCGCCUGGUAUGCCACCAUAUUGUUUGAAUUUAAAGGUCGGCUCAUCAAUUAUUUUACUACGGAAUUUAAAUGCUCCAAAACUGUGUAAUGGCACAAGACUGGCAGUAAAAAAAUGUAUGGCGAAUUUAGUUGAAGCAACAAUACUGACUGGCAAAGCUAAAGGUGAAAUUGUGGUCAUACCACGUAUUCCACUGAUAAAAACAGACAUGACGUUUGAUUCCACGCGUUUGCAAUUCCCAGUGCGUCUAGCAUUUGCCAUGUCCGUCAACAAGGCGCCAGGACAAACUCUUCAA